AUGUGGCGGCUGCUCCGACACCAUAACGCAUUGAUAACCAUAUUCGGAUUCGAGGUUCUAAAUCAUUGCCCUUCUACUAUUUCUACAUCCUUCAUAUUUGCACUCAAUUGUUACGAAACAAUGAUUGCACAACGGAUUUCAGCGCUGGCGCUGAAGCGUUGGAGGCGUAAGAAAUUGGGCUACAUCUACGCGUUGGAGUUCUUACUCAGUCUCAUGCGUUUCAGUAUGACCACAGUAUUUUCUCUUUUCUUCUUGUACCACUACACUUUUCCGUUCCAUUCAGUGCCCUCAUCUUACAUCAGCUUGAAGAUGAUGAUUGCUAAAGCCAGGGCGCUAGUCGAUCUCCUCAAGCAGGACAUAAUAUUCGACAAACUCAAGGUGCCCAAAGCACUACCCGAUUGCAGGUGUAUUGUAUGCUACGAGGAUUUGAAUCUCUCAGACAAGGAAGAAAUACGGUCUGUGAUCCCAUGUGAACAUUCCUUUCAUGAGAUCUGCUUGCGUAGAUGGCUUAAAGUGUCUCCAACAUGUCCAGUUUGCAGACAGAAAAUAUAG